GUAGCCCUCCCACAGGUACGGGACUGUGUCAUGGUCCGGUUCUAUCCCGCGCCACAGUCCGGUUCUAUUCUGUGCCACGGUCCGGCUGUGUCCUGUGCCACGGUCCGGUUCUCUCCUGCGCCACGGUCCGGUUCUAUCCCACGAUCCGGCUGUCUCCUGCGCCACGGUCCGGUUCUCUCCUGUGCCACGGUCCGGUUCUAUCCCACGAUCCGGCUGUCUCCUGCGCCACGGUCCGGUUCUCUCCUGUGCCACGGUCCGGCUGUCUCCUGCGCCACGGUCCGGUUCUCUCCUGCGCCACGGUCCGGUUCUAUCCCACGGUCCGGUUGUCUCCUGUGUCACGGUCCGGUUCUAUCCCGCGCCACGGUCCGGUUCUAUCCCACGGUCCGGCUGUCUCCUGCGCUACGGUCCGGUUCUAUCCCGCGCCACGGUCCGGCUGUCACCUGCGCCACGGUCCGGUUCUCUCCUGCGCCACAGUCCGGUUCUAUCCCGCGCUACGAUCCGGUUCUGUGAAGAACUUGUGUAAAUACCCGGAGGAGGGAUUUACGCCUUGAAAACAGGGAAACGCACAGCUUAAAUAGUCACACAAUGCGUCAUUUGUGGGCUGCAUGAAGCUGACGGAGGCUGAACAGAACCGUUAUAUUAAUUAAAGAUGGCUGUGAGUGUGUACGGGGUCGCGGUGAAGCUGCUCCUGAUUGCGGUGUGUGUUGGAGAAGCAGCGGAAUCCAGAACGCGGACAGAUGCGCGAGGCGCCGCGGUCACGCGAUUAAGGCGUCAGAGCAAGACAGCUAAACCUGCAUUGAAGAUCACAGAUUACCACGUGCGAUGCAACGUCAUCUCCCGCUAUGCUUUCACCACAGUAGAAAGUACAGUGUGGAACCAGCUCCAUUUCACCAAAGAGGCAGCGUUUGAGGUUGACCUGCCUCCCUCAGCCUUCAUCUCCAACUUUACCAUCACAUCUAACGGUAAAGUCCAUGUGGCCGAAGUGAAGGAGAGAGCUGCUGCCAGGAAGAUCUACGAUGAUGCCAAGAAGCAGGGGAAAACAACAGGACUUGUUGCCACCAAGGAGCGGGAGAUUGAGAAGUUUCGGGUGGCUGUCACUGUGCAUCCUGGAGUCCGCAUGCACUUUUCCCUGAUGUACGAGGAGCUAUUGACACGCCGGCUAGGGUGCUAUGAGCUGGCCUUGGGUCUCAGGCCUGGGCAACCUGUGCAGAAUCUCUCUGUAGAUGUUAGUAUAGCGGAGAGGACCGGAAUCAGCUUCAUCAAAGUGUUACCGCUCAGGACCAGUCGCCUGCUCACCAACACUGACCAAGCUGAGGCAGAGCCUCCCUCCACUCAGGUACAGCAGAACUUAUACUGUGCUCACAUUCAUUACAACCCCAGCCUGCAGCAGCAGAAGACCAUCUCCCCCAAAGGUAUCAAUGCAGACUUUGUCCUCCAGUAUGAUGUUGAGCAAAGAGAUCUCAUGGGAGACAUCCAGGUGCACAAUGGCUACUUUGUUCAUUACUUUUCUCCACGGGGCCUGCCAGUAGUUUCGAAAGAUAUCAUCUUCGUCAUUGACAUCAGUGGUUCCAUGAUCGGGACAAAGAUCAAACAGACUAAGGCAGCGAUAUCUACAAUCCUGGGUGACUUACGUGAGGGUGACUACUUCAAUCUCAUUACAUUUUCGGAUAAAGUGCAGAUCUGGAAGAAAGCCCGCACUGUGCUAGCCACAAAGCAGAACAUCCGGGAUGCGAAAGAAUUUGUUAAGAAAAUCGUUGCAGAUGGCUGGACAAAUAUCAAUGCAGCUCUUCUCUCAGCAGCACAGCUGAUCAAAUCCUCUUCAUCUCCUGAUAGCCAAUUGUCAUCACCACGACGCGUUCCCAUGAUCAUCUUUCUGACUGAUGGAGAGGCUACAGUUGGAGUGACAGCACAAGAGGUCAUUCUGCAUAAUGCUCAGAGUGCGAUGGGUUCAGUCUCUCUGUUUGCCCUGGCAUUCGGAGAUGAUGCAGAUUUUACCCUACUGAAACGUCUGGCUUUGGAGAACCGUGGGAUAGCACGGAUGGUAUAUGAGGAUGCUGAUGCUGCACUCCAGUUAAAGGGCUUCUAUGAUGAGGUAGCUAGUCCACUACUGUCAGAUAUCAAGCUUUCCUACCUUGAUACCCAAGCUUAUGAUGUCACACGGGCCCUUUUCCCCAACUACUUCCAAGGCUCUGAGCUGGUAGUCACUGGGAAGAUUAAGCCAGAUAUACAGGAUCUGAAAGUUUCAUUGACAGCAAGUGGCACAAACCAGAAGGUGAAGGUAGAGAGUGAUUUUGUACUGGCCAAGCUUGAAGUAAAUGAGACUUCAACACCACUGGGUUGUACCAGAGAACUGCAUGGCAUCUCCAACUUUGUGCAUCGCCUCUGGGCCUAUUACACUAUCAAGGAGUGUUUGAUGGCUAAACUCAACAGCUCAGAUCCAUUAGCACAACGCUUGCUAGCAGAGAAGGCCACCAAUCUUUCACUGAAAUAUAAUUUUGUCACUCCAGUCACCUCUUUGGUGGUGGUAAAACCAGAUAUUGAUGAGCCAAACCCAACCACUGUCUCUACAACCACAACUACACCCAAAACUGUCACUACCACUACACCAAGUAUGACGAUCACACCUACACAAAUGUCAAGUACCUCUAAAAUGACUUCUAGUGCUGAGGCAUUGAUCAAAAAGCCAGGCAAACCUUUAAAGCCCAGUAAACCUUUUCUCACCAAACCCCUUCAACCAGAUCUGCCUAUUCCUGGACAUCCAGUAAAUACUUCUUCUCCAGAGAACAAUGGAGCAGCUGCAUCACCCAAAAGGACCACAACUUUACCACACAACUUAUCUAAGACCACCUCUGCCCCUCUUUUAAGCAAAGCCCUCACUGUUCCCACCAGCACCGUGAGAAAUGAUGCUCCCAAUUUUCUCCCAAUCAAUUCCACCAGCACAGCUUCUCCACUUCUCAAGAGUUCAGUCGCAAUGCCCAAUAUGGCUGAAACCACAACACCACUCAGCUCAAAGAAACAUCAGGUCCUGCCUUUGGAGAAACCCACAUUCUUAUCUGACACUGACAAUUUUGCCACCCCUGAUGUUCCUGCUGUGCAAUCAGACUUUCAGAAAGUCCCUUCAUCAAAUGCUUCACCUGAAGAUCCUGACCAGGAAAUAAACAUUUCCACCCUUGUGGCUGCCUCCUUUGCCCCUAUGCCAGGCAUGACAGAUGCACCCAGUCUGUGGGAAGCUACUGGUAUUUUAGAUGUUUCUACUGUGAUCCUGACUAAAGAUGCUGAUCAUGUCAAAAACUAUGAUGUCUCUGAGUAUGAACCUGACUACAUCAUCCAUUAUGGUUCUUCCUCACCAUAUGACACAGAUAUAAUAAGUUCUGUGGGAAUCUUCUCCUCCUCAGUGGAUGGAGACCCCCAUUUUGUUGUUAUGCUCCCGAAGAUACAUGAAAAUCUGUGUUUUACUGUUGAAGGCAAGGCCAAUGAUGUGUUGCGUCUUCUGGAGGACCCAGUCAGAGGCAUUACAGUGAACGGCCACUUGGUGUUGGGUCCUCCGAAGAUUGGAAUCGAGGACCACACUCGCACUUUCUUUGACAAGAUAAGCAUAAGAAUUUCAAAAGGUGGCAUCAGGAUCACCUUGACAAGAGACUCAGUUGUAGUGAAGGGAGAAGGUCUUGAAACGCUGCCGACCAGACAGAAGGGAUCUGUGACACUCCCAGGCUUGAAGAUUGUGCUUGAUGGACACCAGAGGUGUUGGAUUGAGCUUGCAAAAGGUGUCAUGUUCCUGGUUCUGAUCCAUCGAUAUAGUCACCCUGCCUAUUUCCAGGUGGAGCAUCUAGGAUUCUACAUAGCUGAUGGAGAGGGGUUAUCUUCUUUAACACAAGGUCUACUUGGCCAGUUCCAGCACAGCACCAUCGAGGUGGUGAGGAAAACAGACAGACAUACAGCCCUGUUCCACCAUGGUCAGAUCAGCAACAACAGCACUCUGGCUUUGGGAUUACUCAGGAAAGGGGACAAACAAAUUCCAGUCACUUUACAGAAUAAGACUUUGAAGGACACACUAACUAAGCGCCACUUGGCCCAGUGCUGGGUGGUGCCCAAGGUGGAAGUAGAGCGCCUCCUGGAGCAGCCUUACCAACGCUAUGUGGUGGGUGACCUUUAAAUGCCCUGCGGCUACAUUUCAAGCUCAUGUCUACUGACUCAAAGCAGGGUCAUACAAGAAUCUAGGACACUACAAUGCAAUGGUGGCAUAUUUACCCAUAGUUAACAUGGAAGCCUAGUGUGUACAGUAUGGAAAAGUGACACUGUGGAAAGUUUUGACGUCUGUAUUGAAAAUACGACAAGUUGCUUAAAGGCCAAAGAAUCCAGGAGUUGAAUCGGGAUGCACUCAUGAUAGAAAGCUACAGUUGUAGAUGAAAUGUAACAACAAAUAAUUACACUAAAGUAAAAAAAACUGUCCCUGUGUCCAAAAUCACUCCCUACUCAAUAUAUAGUGGUCUAUAUAGUGUUGGGGGUGAAUGGACGGAGGAAGAAACACAUAAAUGGAUAUUCAAGUACAAUUAAAAAUAGUAAGAGAAUAGAAAAUAAGCUAAAAUAGAAUAAGACAGAUAAAAUACAAGAAUAAAAGUUAGAGUGCAGAGCGAGGAAUUAAUCAAAAGCCUCAAAUUUGAUUGAAUAAAGUAUUCAGCCUUGAUUUAAAAGAACUGAAAGAUGCAGCAGACACAAAGUAUUUUGUAUUUAUUAACUGGAGAAAUACACUUGGUAUAAUAAUAUGCAUUUAUUAUUUUGAAAACCCACCAGCCGACUGAUCUGACACGUUUUAAUAACGCGAUAGUAAUGACGUAAAUAACAGCGUGGCGGACUAGUGUCCGAAAGUGUUUUUUCAUUUUACUAAUGAGCUCACUAUAUAGGGUGGUGUAGUGGUUAGCGCUGUCGCCUCACAGCAAGAAGGUCCGGGUUCGAGCCCCGUGGCUGGCGAGGGCCUUUCUGUGCAGAGUUUGCAUGUUCUCCCCGUGUCCGCGUGGGUUUCCUCCGGGUGCUCCGGUUUCCCCCACAGUCCAAAGACAUGCAGGUUAGGUUAACUGGUGACUCUAAAUUGACCGUAGGUGUGAAUGUGAGUGUGAAUGGGUGUCUGUGUCUAUGUGUCAGCCCUGUGAUGACCUGGCGACUUAUCCAGGGUGUACCCCGCCUUUCGCCCGUAGUCAGCUGGGAUAGGCUCCAGCUUGCCUGCGACCCUGUAGAACAGGAUAAAGCGGCUAGAGAUAAUGAGAUGAGAUGAGCUCACUAUAUAGUCCUCUAUAUAGUAAUUCCGUAUAUAGUGAGUAGGGAGUAGUGAAUGAGUGAGUGAUUUUGGACACAGCAUAUAUUUCUGGUACUGAAUUUGUUUCAGGAAAUGAUAAAAUGAUAUAGGUUACAUUUCAAAGCAAGGAUUUUUAUGUCAUGAUUCUAGUUAUUUUGUAGAAACAUAUACGGUGUAUACAAAAUAAUCCAUUAAAAUGUGUAUUUUUGGACGAGUGGUACUCAAACCCCGUUUUAUUUCCGGAAAGAAACCAAAGGCGUUCGUAUUUUCAGCAUUUUAUUCACAUUUGAAUUCUUUUUUUUUUUUUUCAUUCAUUGCACAAGACUGCUCAAACACUUGUGAUAAAGUCACAUCUUAGUCAUCAACUGUUUCACGUUCAUAUGCCAGUGUUAAGUUUCAUGAUACACAUACAGGAAAAUAAAUAAAGUGCAAAAUAAUAUUUAAACAGCUACUAGAGUUCAACAACAACAAAAGAAACAGAUAGGUCAAUUUCAAUAAGAGCUACUUUCACCAGUAAGAUUAAUGCUAUUUGAUCCAGUUUCCAGUGUUAAUUUUUUGUUGGUAAGUUAAUAAGACACAUGGAGGAAAGAAGAUGACAUUGUACCAAUAUUUGUGUGUGUGUUUAUAGUAGCAUAGUCUUCUAACAGCAUCACCGUGAGCUGAGAUGUCCACCAAAACCAUCUGCAGGAAUGCAAAAACUAACCCUUAAAAAAGAAAAAAAGAAAGACCCAUCCCACAAAGAGCACUUUUUGAGAGUAAAACUCUGGAAUGAACCCUCGGUGGGAUUUGGUCAUUUAUAAAUAACACAAGGAAAAGUCUGAAAGUCCUGCUCCUUGUGUAAUUUAAAAAAUGCUAACACGAAGGUUAAAUCGUUAUAUAGUGUUUAAUGUUUAAGUAUAAAGUGGGGCUGAAGAAGCAUGAUGGAAAGAACCACUCCAGCACAAUUUCUAUCAAAACCAACACAAAGAAAGAAGAGAACACACAACUCCAAGUUCUUAGACCAGGGUCCAGCCUAGUUUAACAAACCAGAACACCUAGAAGAUAUACAAGUGUCAAAACCACAACGGGGCACAAUAUUUAUUAAAGGUAAGAUUCACAUUACCAUGAUUCCUAUACAAACUGCUGCUGUUGUAGAUCCUGAACACGGCUUCUACAUGGGCAAUGGAAAUAUUAUGUUAAUGGCUUUUAAACUCCAAUUCCGUACUGCAUACGUGGACUCCUACCCAUCCUUAUCCAACGGUUAAAUAAGCUGAGCGUGUUUGUUGAGGCUUUAGGUUCAAAGCAGUGUUGUUUGGAAAGGUGCUGAAUGAAAGAUGCAUGCAUGCGUACUGUACUGAUAAUAUACAUAUAUAUAUAUAUUAAAGGCAAUUCUUCUAUCACUUAAA